CUGGUGCCCCUUAGUCUAAUUGGCUGCCCAUUGACAGUGAGCACACUGCUGGGCGGGGCUGAGGGGGUAUAUUAAUGACAGUGAAGAGUGCAUAGAGAAUGCAGAGAAGAAGCAAAGCUGAAAGUAGGCUUACGCGUUAUAUUUGUGUUCUCAACACCAAAGAACAAUGCCUAUAAGGUGCCACAAUAAAGAACGAUUUGGUCCUUGGCUCCUCCGUCAGAUCAACCAUAACCAGUAUGUAGGCGUGCAUUGGUUGAAUGAAAGCCGCACACUCUUCCGCUUGCCCUGGAAGCACCUAAACAUAAGAAAGGUCGAUGAAACGGAUUAUGCAAUAUUCAAGGCAUGGGCUAUUCAGAGCGGGAAGUAUAAUCCAGUGUGUGAGGACCAACCUAUGUAUAAAACCAACUUUCGCUGUGCAUUAAAGUCUGUCUACUGCAGAGACCAACAGAAAAUGUUCACUGAAGUUAGCGAUAAUUCAACCGAUCCACAUGAUCCCCAUAAGAUAUUCAAGUUCAAUGGGGUCCAUGAUGAUUGUCCCACAGCUGUAGAUCCUUCUGCUGUAUCUCAUUCACCCACUGAAGUUGAAAAUUUUCACAAUGAGAUGCAUGAUGACUACAGACUGCGUAUUAGUCCAGAUGUUGAGCGUUCCACCCCAUUUAUCAACAUACAAGAAUCGAGGGACAUUGAACAACGGCUUUGUAAUGUUUCUUUGGACUCAGAUAAGAAUGGCGCACAGCAAGUAUUCCAAAUCCCUCAGUGUGGCUAUUCACAUGAUAUACCAAGAGUGGAUCAGGUUUUCAGAGAUCCCAUACACAAGCCAUAUUUAGCUUUGGAAGAGACAUAUAAUAAUGGACAGGAACAACCCUUGUCAAGCAACCAGAGUCAAAUGUUUCAUAAUCAAUAUUCACAAUAUGAAGUAUAUGACCUGUAUCAGAGUGGACUCUUUGAGAAUCUCUCAGCAUUUGACCCGGUCUUGCAACAAACACCUGCAUGUCCCCAACUGCAGCAAGCACCACCAGUGAGCACCUUCCAGGAAACUGUAUUUAGUGAAGUGCAAACAUGCCAAUAUGUUGUCCAUCAAGAAAGUACUCAGCAUAUGAUGAAUAAGGAAGCCACCACCUUUUCCCCUAAUUAUAUCUGUAACAAUAAUGGUGACAUGAGUGCAACGCAGUCCCCACAGAAUAACAUUCCUACAUUUAAUGAGCAAGAAGCCUCUUCUCAAGAAACUGCAGUUCAUCAAGCAAGUACCAUCCCAAAGCUUACAUCCUGGGAAGUGACUGUGUUCUAUCGAGGAAAAGAGGUUCUCAAGCAAAAUGUAUCAAGAAAGUUUUACAUAACCCAUACAGGACGCGUUCCUCAAAGUGAGGGUGCAGAUAUUGUCACCUUCCCUUCUACUAGUGACACCCUGGUGAAUCAGUUACAGAUCGAUUAUACUGACCAAAUUCUAAAUUCUGUUGGAACUGGACUUUUACUUGAGGUUAAUCCUGAAGAUCGCAAGUUGUAUGCCACAAGAAUGGGCAACGCAAGAGUGUACUGGGGCAUGUCGGAGAGCCUGGAAACCAAGAAGAGUGUUUCAGAAGAGAAGAAGUUGCAUAGAAAUUUUAAAACAGGAAUAUUUGAUUUCAACCAGUUUUGGCAAGAACUGAAUGACUACAGGGAGAAUAAGAGAUCAUCGCCAGACUACACUUUAUACCUGUCCUUUGGCCAGAGUCUGUUUGAGCCAAUAAAAAAAGCACUGGUGGUGGUAAAGCUUGUUCCAAGUUUCUGCACCUUCUGCCACCAGAAUGCACAGCAGGAAGGCGCUUCUUCACUCCAAAACGAACUGCUUAGCCUACAGAUCUCCAAUACAAGUUCUUUCAACAGCCAUGAAAUGCCUUGCUUAAUGGACUUUGAUCUGAGUUGUUUCCCCGACUUGUUUUAGUUCAGCAAAAACAAAGUUGUCUGGACCCCGAAAAGCAAAGACACCGAGUCAAACAGCUGUCGUGGUUCGCCUUAGGUUGCUGUGUUGCUUUUAAAAACAUUCCUGAACUACAGAUCCAGUGGUCCUGUAGUAUUUUACAACAUGAAUUUUGAAUAGGUAGGUUCCUGUCUUUCAUGUUAAAGAUUACAGUUUGUGACACAUAUUUUACGCUUUUGAAAUAUUCGUGUCUAAAUACACUGUAAUCAGGUAACUAUUGGUGGAAGGCUACGUUAUUAUUGGGCACUUAUUCUGCCAGAAUUUGUUGCAUUCAGUAGGUUGGCUUCUUCCAAACAUUGUGAAUUAGUUGGCUAGAUCAGUGUUUUCAUAUCUUGCUACCAUUGGGGAGUACCUGAUGGACAUAUGAGUACCUGAUGGACAUAUGAGUACCUGACGGACAUAUGCGCUGUGACAGCAGCUAUUCUAAAGGCUGAGAUUGUCUCCAAUUAUGAGGCUGUGGUUUUAAGCAGUGCGCUAAAGAGGCACGGUAUUUUCUAUAUAUUUGAAUGAGUAAAUUGCUAUUCAAGUUAUCCUAUUGGAUUUUCUUGUGAAAAA